CAGGGGCUGGGCAAGACGGUGCAGUGCGCGUCCAUGAUAGGCUACCUGUCUGAGGUUAGCAAGAUUGCCGGACCAUUCCUGGUGGUGGUACCGCUGUCCACGGUACCCAACUGGAUCCGCGAGUUCCGCAAGUGGAUACCCUCUGUCAACGCCAUCGUGUACGUGGGAGAUGCGCAGAGCAGGGAGGUGCUGCGCGCGUUUGAGUGGGAGACGGGGCUGCUGGCGGGGCGGCAGUACAAGUUUGACGUGCUCAUCACCACCUACGAGAUGGUCAUCAAGGACAGAGACAUGCUGCGGCCAAUCAAGUGG